AUGCCUGCGUGCUGCAGUUUGAAGAAUGUGUGUGAAUACGAGACUUCCAAAGUGGUGCGCAUUCAGAGUGUUUACUACGGGAGCAUCAAGUGGGCUAUCCACUCUGUCGUCUUCUUGUAUGUCUGCGUCGUACUGAUUGCCGACAAACGCUAUCAAAAGAGGGAUGCUGUCAUCAGUUCGGUGCAUACAAAAGUGAAAGGGGUGGCCCAGACCGAACAGAGAAUCUACGACACAGCAGAAUACACUGUCCCCAUGCAGGGAAUAGAUUCCUUCUUUGUGGUAACGAACAUCAUCAUGACCGAAAACCAAAUCCAGGGACUUUGCCCUGAGUUUCCCAUCGCCAAAGCGGUUUGCUCUACCGACAGGAGCUGUGCAAAAGGCCGUAUGGACCCCCAGAGUAACGGAAUUCAGACAGGCAGAUGUGUGAAGUAUAAUGCCACCGUUAAGACGUGCGAGGUCACGGCCUGGUGUCCGGUAGAGUCCAUCAAAAGCACUCCAAAGCCUGCUAUUCUGAGGAGUGCUGAAAAUUUCACCGUCCUCAUCAAAAACAACAUCCACUUCCCCAGAUUUAAUUAUACAACAAGAAACAUUUCACCAGAAUUCAAUAUCUCCUGCACGUACAACAAAAUCUCUGCUCCGUAUUGCCCCAUCUUCCGCCUGGGAGAUAUUCUCCAAGAAGCAGGAGAAAUUUUUUCAGAGGUGGCCAUUCAGGGAGGCAUUGUGGGUAUCGAGAUCAACUGGGAUUGCAACCUGGACCGAUGGCUCCAUCGCUGUAGCCCCAAGUAUGGCUUCCGGCGUCUGGAUGACAAAAAAGCCAGUGAGGCCUUAUACCCUGGCUACAACUUCAGAUUUGCCAAAUACUACAAGCAGGCCAACGGAAAGGAGGAGAGGACUCUGAUCAAAGCUUAUGGCAUCCGCUUUGACAUCCUGGUCUUCGGCAUGGGAGGACAAUUUAACUUCUUUGAGCUGCUGGUCUACAUAGGUUCAGCCCUCUCCUAUUUUGGCCUGGCUCAAUUAUUUGUUGAUUUCCUCAUCACUUCGUACACAUUUCCUUGCUUCAAAUCAAACCCGGUGAAGGAAUAUUAUUACAGGAAGAAGUGUGAGUCAGUGCCAGGGCCCAGAUGGACCCUAUUGUACGUGGCGUACGUCGAUGAGCCGCAUGUUACUAUGAUUGACAAAGUGCUGCAGACAAGCUUACAGAAAAUUAAAGGCGAAAUUAUCCACAGACGCUUGGGCGAUUUCACGCGUUUUGCCAAACUCCCACCGCGACAUCCGGACGAAGCCGAAGCUCUUGGAAAAGCCCCAGAGCUGCAGCCCCUUCAAAAGAAAGAGGGUGCCGCUCCCCACCACCAGCGUCCUUCCUGGUGCUGCUGCAACAAAUGCCGCCCAGCGGAGCCCUACUGGGAGCAGCUCUGCUGCCGGAGGAAAGACGGGGCCUGCGUCACCACCUCGGCCCUGUUUCAGCAGCUCGUCCUGUCCAGACCGGCAUUGGAGUUCAUCCUCCUCUACGAAGACCCCUUGUUGGACCUCAAGGCAGAGACGCUUAACAAGCAGCUCCGGCACGCUGCGUACAAGCAGUACAUCCGCUGGCGCUUCGGAGACGACGGCAACCUAGGCAAACGGGCCGUCCUCCCGAACUGCUGCCGGUGGAGCAUCAGAGAGGCCUUUCCCAGCGAGGACGGCCAGUACACUGGCUUCAGGAAGAAGAAAUAACUCUGCGUGCGGAGAGCCUUCGUAGCAUGGCCUUGGCGCACGCCGGGAUGAAAUCGGUGCAUCGGGGACCUGCGAGGAAACGUGGGGGGGGGGGAAAUU